AUGCUGCUUGUUCUGCUUGGCCUGGCUUCAGCCUUCUGGUAUCUCCUGUUCAGAAUAAAUUUGAAUCUGCUGGGUGGCGGCGAUUUGACGGAGAACGGCAUCCCAGCAUGCCCUCAGGUCGAUGCAAUUCAUCCGGUCAAGCACUCUAUCUUGCAUUCACAGUUGGAGGUCCUGUACGGCUGGGAGGGCUUUAAGCUGAGCGUCUACAGCCGACUCGGGAGAGCGAUCCAAAUCCCGACCGAGUCCUAUGAUGAUCUGAAGCCUGUUGGCCAGGAUCAGCGUUGGGAUAUCUUCGGAACGCUCCAUGAAUAUCUCGAGACCGCCUUCCCGCUCGUAUGUUGUCCCCGUCGAUCCUUCAACGGUAAAUCAGUGGGAGCACCCGCCAUAUUCUGGCCAAUACGACGGUUCGAGCUCUUUGGUUUCGCGCGAGAGUGCUCACGAAUACCUGAUAUAGGAAAGUGGAUCUGGGGUCGUGGGUCUGUCGAUGAUAAAGCGGACUUGAUAACCCAACUUGUUACGGUAGACGCACUCCUCAAACACGGAUUCUCUCCGUCCCGUACCAUAGUCCUAGCCUAUGGAAUAGAUGAGGAGGCCUCUGGCCAAGAGGGUGCGGGGAAAUUGGCAGGCUACCUGGAGCAGGCAUACGGCAAGGAUGGAUUCGCGAUUUUAAUCGACGAAGGAGGCGGCUUCAAAAACUUGGGUGGCGGCGACGUCAUCAUGGCCGCGCCUGACAUAUCCGAGAAAGGGUACCUCGACAUCGGCAUCCAAGUGAACACCAAAGGCGGGCACUCCAGCAUCCCGCCCGCACACACGAGCAUCGGCAUGCUCUCCUCCAUGAUCGUCCACCUCGAAUCCCACGCCCACUCGCCCCAACUCCGUCGUAGUGGCACACCUUUUUCGCUCGCGCAGUGUCUCGCCGCUUACGACCCCUCCUUCCCGCCGGAACUGCGACGGCUUGCAGCAGAGGCGCUUUCGGAUGACAGGGCCCUGGAGCAGUUCAAGGAAGGAUUGGUUUCCCUCUUCCCUGUAUGGGAGGCGACGCUCAAAACAACUCAGGCGGUGGACCUUGUUAGCGGCGGGGUUAAGGUUAACGCCUUGCCUGAGAGCGCAGAAGCCGUAGUGAAUCAUCGGAUCGCUGAACAUAGUUCUGUCCGUGAAUUACAGGAGCACAUCACAACGCUUCUUUCACCCAUCGCAGAGACGCAUAACUUGACUGUCAAGGCCUUCGGAGAAGAAGUUUCAGCCGGCGAAACGGCAGCGGGAGAACUAGUGCUCUCCGAUGCGUUCUAUAACGCUCUGGAAGUGUCGCCUGUCACUCCCUUCUUCGGGUCUGCGCCGGCACGGUUGCUCUCCGGGACUAUCAAGGCCACUAUAGAAAGCUCAACGAGAUACAAUGCCAACCACGUCGUGGUUGCGCCUUCCUUUGCUAAUGGUAACACGGGUAACUGAAUCCGCUCUACCAGAGCUCCCCUACUUGACGAGCCGCCAGAUACCAAGUCCUAUUGGAACCUGACUCGGCACAUCUUCCGAUACUCUCAUCGCAACGAGGAGAAGGAAGUGUACGGUGACAUUCAUACAGUUAACGAAGCCAUUCUGGCGGAGAGUGUCAUGGAACAAGUCCGUUUCUUUACUAGGUUCAUUCUCAACGCGGAUGAGUCUGACUUGAUAUGAAUACAACGACGUCAAUGUUGCCAUGCCGGAAAUUUAGUUUGUCUCUGGAGAGGUGAUAUACGUAUAUGGCCAAUAGCGAUAUACAACAGAAAAUACCACAGUACAAUUUGACAAAUUGUAAAGCAGCAAGUCACUUAAUCAC